CCUCUGAAGGAAGAACGAGCAGGGAACGAGUGUUUUCUUACAAAGGGCACUUGAUAAAGACACUAAAACGAAAAAGAGAAAAAUGGAAAUCGAGGAUCACUCUUACACGAGCACCACUUACGAUAAAGUCAACCCCGUAGAGUUCACAUAUAAAAUGAGUGCAAACGAAAUUGAAGAAUUUGUAAAGCUGAGGGUUUCAAACCAUUACCUCUUCUCUGGAAGGAGAAAUACUUCCAUGUGGGCAUGGAGGGCCAUCCUGAAACAUAUGGGCUUGCAACACAAGAUGACCCAUAGUCAAGCAUCCAAAAAGUGGGAAAACUUGAAGAAGAGAUACAAGGACCUAAAGAACCCUCCAGAUGGGGUGAAAGUGUUCCCUGAAACAUGGCCUUAUUUCAACCUGUUAGACGAUGCCAUGGAGGGUCGACUGAAAGGCAGCGCCCCCAUCCUCAAAGCUCUCCCCACCAAUGGGGAUUUCUUACCCAUCUACGAACCCAAGAAAAGGAAGGCAUCCAUAGUGAUAAACUCCCCUGUGCCUUCGUUAGCAGGCGGGCCAGAGAUCGAGGUUUCCCUGAACGGAGAUGAGGAUGAGGAGGAGGCACAGGACGAAGGAAGCCAGGGAAUGGAUCAUACCAUGCAAGAGAUGGAGCACGACAGGAACACAAUGGACAGCGAAAGACAGGCGAUGGAGAGGGAGAAACAGGUGAUAGAGAGGGAGCGGCUGGUACUGCAGAGGGAGAGAGCUGUGCUGGACAGGGAAGUCGCCGCUCUGGACCGAGACCGAGUCUCGCUGGAGAGAGAGAGGGCGACAAUAGAGAGAGAAAAGGCAGUGAUGGAGAGGGAGAGGGCAAUGGUGGAGAGGGACAGAGACGCUGUGAGCAGGGACCGGCUGGCUCUGGAGCGAGAGAAAGCCAGGCUGGAGAAAGUUAAAGAAAGGACUGAGGAGGUUACAGAAGAGAGCAGCAAGGUGAACCACGCAGAUGUCUUGGACAGGAAGGAGAGAUUCCUCAACUUGUUUGAAAAACUUAUUGAAAAUUUUUGAUUCAUGGGGGUUUUUCUGCACAAAACC